ACUCCUAGCACCUCAGUGGAAGAUGCUUCUCUUUAUAUUGCUGCUUUACAUUAUUAUUUAUGCUGAGGGAAAAUGUGCAAAGAAUUAUUAUUACGAUGGACUUCUUGAGGAGUGUCAACAUUGCUCCAUUAGAUGCAACUCCCCACCAAUUAUUUGCAAAACAUUUUGUACCUCAAUCCCAGAAAAUGAAGUUGAAAAGAAUCAAAAUAUCCGUUUAAUUUUGAUCGUGUUUUUUGUGUUCCUGGGAGCUUUCACAGUACUGACCAUUAUUCUGCGAGUUAUACGCAGAAAAACCUGUAAGCCCAUCAUGAACAAAGUGAAAGGCCAAGAACAAAAGACUGACAGCGAGAGAGGCUCGAAUGUCACAGAGCAAUCUGAAGAUACUGACGGAUUGAACCAGCAUCACUACAACUCCAACCUGCCUCUUCCCUCCACUGAGGAAGGCACUACAUUGCUGGUUACUACAAAGACAGUGCAAGCUUACCACUGUACACCUGUCAUGUAGAGAGGAGAUCACUGGAACUUCUAUAACAGCAGCAGACUCAGAAAACACUGCACAUCACCUGGUGAAUGAUGAUAGCGAACAUCGUCUCACCAUUACUCUGUCCAGACUGGACAAAACUGUCACGACUACUGGAUGCACUAAUAAUGGACACAGGACUUGAACUCAGGAUGAUAUCUGACUGUCAGAAGUGAACAUCUCACUGGAAGAAUGGAAUGCGAUAUUAGAGUUGAUCAAAUAUUAGAACAAUUUUCACCAUACUUUGUUCAAAAGGUCACACACAUUUAUGCUGUAUCUUUGCUAAAUUAAAAUGUUACUUCAAUUAUGAAGUCUUACUAUUUAUAAAUAGAAGAAAUAAAUGCAUGUAAUAAAUGUAAUAAAAGGAUAGUUCACCCAUUUUUAAUCUGCCAUCAUUUACCCUUUUACAUUUAAUUUUUUUUCCAAACAAUGUAUAUUUUAUCCCAAAGCAUAGUGAGAUAAUCUCUGUUUUAUCUCCCCAGAACGAUAUGUUAGGCACAAUGAUAGUAUCAGUCACCAUUUACUAUCACUGUAUGAAAAAAGAAAAAGAAAAAAAGAAAAAUGAACGUUAAG